AUGGCGCUGCGGCGGGGCGGGCCGGCGGGGCGCGGGCGGCUGCUGCUGCUGCUGCUGCUGGGCGCCGCGAGCCUCGUGCGGCCGGGCGCGCAGGUGAGGCGGCUGGCGCGCUGCCCCGCCACUUGCAGCUGCACCAAGGAGUCCAUCAUCUGCGUGGGCUCCUCCUGGGUGCCCAGGACCGUGCCGGGCGACAUCAGCUCCCUGAGCCUGGUAAAUGGAACAUUUUUGGAAAUCAAGGACCGAAUGUUUUCCCAUCUGCCUUCCCUGCAGCUGCUAUUGCUGAAUUCUAACUCGUUUACCGUCAUCCGGGAUGACGCUUUUGCUGGACUUUUCCAUCUCGAGUACCUGUUUAUCGAAGGGAACAAAAUAGAAACCAUUUCAAGAAAUGCCUUUCGUGGCCUCCGUGACCUGACUCACCUUUCUUUGGCCAAUAACCACAUAAAAGCGCUCCCAAGGGAUGUCUUCAGUGAUUUAGACUCUCUGAUUGAACUUGACUUAAGGGGCAAUAAAUUUGAAUGUGACUGCAAAGCCAAGUGGUUGUAUCUGUGGUUGAAGAUGACAAAUUCCACUGUCUCCGAUGUCCUCUGCAUCGGUCCACCAGAGUAUCAGGAAAAGAAGCUAAAUGAUGUGCCCAGCUUUGACUACGAAUGUACCACUACAGAUUUUGUUGUCCAUCAGACUUUGCCCUACCAGUCGGUUUCGGUGGAUACGUUCAACUCCAAGAAUGACGUGUACGUGGCCAUCGCUCAGCCCAGCAUGGAGAACUGCAUGGUGCUGGAGUGGGACCACAUCGAAAUGAACUUCCGGAGCUAUGACAAUAUUACAGGUCAGUCCAUCGUGGGCUGUAAGGCCAUCCUCAUCGACGACCAGGUUUUCGUGGUGGUGGCCCAGCUCUUCGGCGGCUCCCACAUCUACAAGUACGACGAGAGCUGGACCAAGUUUGUCAAGUUCCAGGACAUCGAAGUCUCCCGCAUUUCCAAGCCCAACGACAUCGAGCUCUUUCAGAUCGAGGACGAGACGUUCUUCAUCAUCGCUGACAGCUCCAAAGCCGGCCUGUCCACCGUGUAUAAAUGGAACAGCAAAGGCUUCUACUCCUACCAGUCUCUGCACGAGUGGUUCAGGGACACGGACGCGGAGUUCGUGGACAUAGACGGGAAGUCGCACCUGAUUCUGUCCAGCCGCUCCCAGGUCCCCAUCAUCCUCCAGUGGAAUAAAAGCUCCAAGAAGUUCGUCCCCCACAGUGACAUCCCCAACAUGGAAGAUGUCCUGGCUGUGAAGAGCUUUAGGAUGCAGAAUGCCCUCUACCUUUCCCUCACCCGCUUCAUCGGGGACUCCCGGGUCAUGAGGUGGAACAGUAAGCAGUUUGUGGAGAUCCAGGCUCUUCCAUCCCGGGGGGCCAUGACCCUGCAGCCCUUUUCUUUUAAAGAUAAUCACUACCUGGCCCUGGGGAGUGACUAUACGUUCUCCCAGAUCUACCAGUGGGAUAAAGAGAAGCAGCUAUUCAAAAAAUUCAAGGAGAUUUACGUGCAGGCCCCUCGCUGCUUCACGGCGGUCUCCACUGACAGGAGAGAUUUCUUUUUUGCAUCCAGUUUCAAAGGGAAAACAAAGAUUUUCGAGCACAUAGUCGUUGACUUAAGUUUGUGAAGGGGGUGAUGGGGGCCUUUAAAGAUGUGUAGCCCUGGCUUAGAAGCAAAUGGAAAGCCAAGUUCAGAGCUCUCAAAUUAAGGACGCAUUUGGGGAAAUAGAAGUUUUCAAAAUGUUAGAACUCACGUCUUAAUCAGGGAUUGCACUUACUGGCUAACUGCAUGACAUGUCCAGUCUCCACCCGGAAAGGCAUCUUCAAGCCUGUUCUCUCUGAGGAGAGAGUACCACAGUAACUCUUACCAUCUAGGAAAGUAAUGUGCUUUUUUUUUUUUUUCCUUUUUCUUUCUUUCUUUUUUCAAAUGAGGAAGGAGGAAAUCAGAUAAGAUGGAACAGCUCUUAGGAUGAAAUCAAAAACAAAAACAAAAAAAGACCCAACGCGCUAGGGGCCCUCCUCAUUCCAUCUUAGCCAUCUUUUUUGGUAAGAACUCUUCAAGGCAAAGUCAGCGGAAAAGAUUUGCUGAUGAUUCCUUUAAAAAUCUGAUAACACUCAGCAAUGCUAUUUUGAGCCAUUUCAGUUCCCCGAACCCCCCUUAAUAGCAGAACGUUGGCCAUCUCAUUGGCUCCCGGGGAUGCUCGUCGGGGGCGGCAUCAACGAAAUAAUGUUGGACGUGGCUCCCUCUGCCACAAAGAAAAUACUCUGCUGACACGUGUCCAGGCCCAGCCCAGGCUGCAGGCCCAUGAGUGAGACAAAGGUGUUCUCCCCUUGUCCCUGGGGUUCAAAGCCGACCCUGUGGCGGCCCGAGCAAUACUGCUUGUUAGAUGCUCUCCAUGACUCAGCUGCUUCUCUGAACCCGUUCUUUGAGUUUGUGGGUAACCAGCAGACAGGCCAAAGACUGAAUGGUGCUUUUUUAUCCCGUCCUUUAAAGCAGUAGGACAGGUAUUUCCAUCGGAUGGGCAUUUGGUAGAAUUGUUGAGGGAAGGUUUUGUGAAUCAAAGAGGACUUUACACAAGUCUCGAUGCACUUUGAAACCUAGAGGUGGCCCUUUGAUUUGUGCAUGCCUGUGCCCUCGGGGCAGCGUCAUAUUUCGAGUCAUUGAAUACCAGACUCCCCACCUGCCCACCUGCCUUCCAUUGUGCUCACACAACGGUCCUGCUUUGUUGAUGUGCUGUUGCUGCUGCUCCCAGCAUGGCCCUUCUGGAGGGGCUCUGGCACCAAAUUGCAGAACCUGAGGUGGUCAUGACACCAGCGCCCCUGUCUUUCCCGGUAGUUUCCCCAAGGAAAGCCCCCAGGGGCUCACACGCUGACGUGGGGCUCAUCCUGAAUAGGCUAGCGGGGGGCGGGGGAUCAUCAGAGCCCAGCUUUGGAGCUAGGGACGCUGGAUCCCACAGACCAGGUCUGCGCUCAGGGGGCCUGAGGGCCUAUUUCAAAAUGGGCUUCUGUGGUGUGGAUUGUCGGGAAGCCCCGGGGGCUCUGGUUUUGUGGUGGAAGCUCCCCAGUGGAUGCUGUGCCUGACUAGCUGGUUCUCUUCAGAGAACAUGAAGUGGGUUUUAGGAGAGCCACCCGACAACGUCUCUCGGAGCCCCCAAAGCAGCACGAUCGUGUUGCAGUGCAGUGUUAUUCUUUAGCAAUCGUUUGCCAAGUCAUGAGCAGGGAGAUGUUUUGCCACAAAUAUGAGCGUGGUGUUGUUUCUGGUUUCCGCAGUGCCUAUCAAGGCCAUAAAUAGCAUCGAGGUUGCCAGAGCACUCCUGGGUACGAUCUGGGCCGCAGGCUGAGGGCUUCCAGCCGAGGACACCGGGGAUUUUAAUGAACUAUAAGUGGCCCACACAUAGUAGCAACGCUGCUUGACACUUUCCUACUGAGCACCAACCACACAGGAGAAAAGUGGUUUGUUUUCAUUUUCUUAAGCCCAAAAAUCACUCUUCUGCAUUCUUUUGCCUUCCUGGUUGAUUUGAAUUGACUACAAAUGCCCAGUAUCCCCACAUCGGAGGCUGAAAGUGGGACAGCCCUGCUAUUCCUCUGGCUGUUAAGAUGGGCAACAAUUCUUUCUGGCACAUGGAACCCCUCAGACAAGCCUGGGCGGAAAAACAGGCCCUUGGCAAACAAUGUAGGGGACAUUUAGACAGUGCUAGCACUUGUGCCAGGUCGAAAUGAUGUUCCCGAUUCCAGCCUCCUGUGGAGAAGGCAACGGGGGCAUCUUUUCACAGGGCUGCCUCUACGGAACAGGGCACCAGCUCCCCGGCCUCACCUCUGAGGGUGAAGUUCCUGGAGAAACCAUCUGCAUUCACCAUGCUGGUAACCAUUGCCUAGAAUCUGGAAAACCAGGGAACAUGGGGUGCCGGGCGGGGUGGGUAGGGGUGCUUGCUGAGUCCAGGUGAGACAUUGGCAGGUGGAAGGCACAUCUAAGGAAUUGAGGGUGAGGUGAGGGCAAGAGGGUGGGUAGUCCCUGCAGCUGCAGUCAGGUUCUCUUUUUCUUUUUAAGAAACUAGACCAAAUCAGUCUGCAGCCUACCAGCCUCUCCGCGCUGAGGGAGGAGAUAUUUGUUCUGGCCGACUUGCUAAAAGGGUGUAGAUGUUCUUGGCGCAAGGUGGUGGAAGCUUUGCUUCAUUAAUCUCACUGCUCCAUCCCAAGAAUCCCUCAAGUUUUAAACAAUUUCUGCCAGAAGUUUUUUUUUUCUUCCAGUAAUAAUGUAAGACAAAGUAAAACCCCAACAACAUCAGAAAGCCAAAGCAGAGGGACACGUGAGACCAUCCCCUGUGGAGAUAGUCCCCGGAAGGGCUGCUCUCGUCCAUUCCUUCCCAUCACCCAUUGGUUUCCUUCUUGUCAGCCUGCUGCUUCUUCACAAUCUCUGUGGCUAGGAUGGGUCCCUCUGUGUCGCCAAGUGGCCACGCCACACAGCCUUAAAGUGUGGGAUCAGGAACCGAUCUUCACCGAGACUAAAAGCAAGCCUUAGGUGUGAAUGGCACAGGUGUUCUCGGGCAACGGGUAAUAAGACCACCCUGCAUUUCAGCAAAGCCUUAUGUUUUCUCAGUGUGCAUUUGUGUCCAUCUCAUUUGUUCAUAAACAGUUCUUUAGUCUAUUGGGAGGCAGGCAUUCUGAUUUCAGAGAGAAUGAAACUGCUGCUAAAAUCUAACUCAGUCGCCUGCUCAAGAUUAUCCAGUAGUGAGUGGCAAAGGCAGACCUUGUCCCCUUCCACCACCACCACCACCCACCCCCCCACACAAGCAGGCUUCGUAUUUUCUUUGUGACACUCUGACAUGCCUUCCAAAUAAAGACUUUUUAUCAUGAUUCAGAAUAUAGCAGCACCUUGAGAUAAAGUAAAAAUAUACAACAAAAUAUGCGUAGCCAGAAGGAAAAUAGUGCUGAAUAGACACCAUCUCAUCUACUGGUCCCUUUAGCAAUUAAACACUAUGGGACUACUAUUACACACAAGGCCACACUCUUGAAAGUCUUCCAGAAGUUUCAGAUAAUUUUCCGUUCCAAAGAGUGUUUCUAGCUGGCACGGUUUGCUUCUCCGCAGCCGCCUCCCCCCAACAGCGAUGGGGUGCGGAUAUUGGGGUCCAGACACAUCUGGUUCUUGUCACAACGUCCACAAGAUAAACAAGAAGAGUUCUAUGGGGGAGGAGCAACUAAAAACUCGAAUGCACGAGCGAUGAUGAAUUGCUCCAGGUCAUAAUCAGCCUUUGGGGAGCACGCUGGAAAUGCCAGUGUUGCAUUUUUCUUCCCCAUGGAGUGAGAGGCUGUGUAUUUUUAGGAAAGAAAUCAGCGUGGGAUGCAGGAGGUUUGGCUGCCAGGAACACUCACGAUGGAAAUUUCUCUGACCGUGGGUUUAAUGAAAGAGAGAUGAAGGUCUGCAGGAGGGGAGUCUAUUUGCAUGCCACCUAAAGAAAAUCUCCUUAGCCCAGGCUUCCGGAUUCUUCUGCAGAGGUAUCAGCCCCUCCGCUUGCAGUUUUGGAAGAGAGUUCUUUAAUUAGGCAGUGGCCAAAGAUUGUAUUGAGCAGAGCUCUGGAGUGGAAUGCAAUAAUCUAGUUGUUGACACAGUGAGGAAGGUGGGCCAGACGUAGGACAGUGUAAAGGGAAUGGACAGAAAAGCAGGGCAGAUGGCUGUGGAGGAAACUCUUUGGGGAAAGUAGAAAUAAACUAGAAGAAAGGUCAUCGUGGUUUCCUUUGCCUCAGCCAGGCAAGUAAAGGAUGGACGACUAGGCAAAUUAACAAUUAUUAACAAAGAGAGCCAAUUGUAAUGCUAAUUGACGUAAUUGUGUUGUAAAGCUACUGAGAUCUAAACCUAGCCAGGUACUCUUAUCCUUAGGUUAUUUCAUUGUAUCAGAAUCUACUUUUUUUUCUGGUAGGAAACUAUGCAUUCCCUAUCCAUCCCUUUGACUAUCAGGAAUGUAUAAGAACUGUGAUAAAAUAAGCCAAUAUGCCAUUUGGUACCAUUUUUAUGUAUCUUAGAUGCAUAACUUAGGUAAAAUAAGAAUAGUUUAUAUGUAUAUGAAAGUAAAUUUUGCAGUAUGCAAGCUACAAUGGAUGCAUUUUAAGGCUGAAUAUAUAUUUAGCUCUUUUUGGUAAAUACAGUUAACAAACAACAUGCCUCUUAAUUCGAUAUAUCUUGUAAGUCUAUGAAUAAAAAGUAGCUCAUGCCUAAUAUGGCUUUGA